GUGCUGGCCACGGACGUCGACACGAUGCAGAAGCAGCUCGACGUGCUGACCCAGCGCGUGCAGGACCUGAUUGACGUGCCGGCGCCGCCUCCCCCUGAGGCGCUGAUUGACCAGAUGGACGCGAUGCAGACGCAGCUCGACGGGCUGACCCAAACCGUGGGCGAUCUCAAGGUCGCGGGGUCGCCGGCCCUCCCGGAGGGGGCCGCGAAGCCGGCUCUGGCCCUUGAGGAGAUGCAGUCGCAGGACGCCAUGAAGCUGGCCACGGUUUUCGACGAGAUCAAGGGGCAGAUCGCGCCAUUGCAGGCGCAAGGGAAGGAACUCCAGCAUGCGAUAUCGCAGCUGGAG